AUGGCAAGCAGCGGUCUCUCUUUGAAUACCCCACAAACUUUCACUGGUGAAAACUAUCACAUUUGGUCAGUGAAGAUGAAAUCUUGUCUUGAAGCUUAUGAUCUAUGGGAAGUUGUAAUGGAAGACAGACUUAUACAACCACUUCCUGCAAAUCCUACCCUUGCCCAAAUCAAAGCUCAUUCAGAUGAGAAAACCAAUAAAUACAAAGCCAAAACUAUAAUUCAAAAUUCAGUUGCAGAUUCAAUCUUCUCUAAAAUCAUUGCAUGUGAGACAGCAAAAGAAGCUUGGGAAACACUCAAACAGGAGUAUCAAGGAAGUGAACGAGACAAACAAAAUCAGAUUUUAAAUUUGAAAAGAGAUUUUGAAUCUUUUAGAAUGCAAGAUGAUGAGACCAUCGCUAAGUAUUCUGACCGAAUUUCUUUAAUUGUCAAUAAAAUCAGGUUGCUUGGCGAGGAUUUCAAAGAUGACAGGAUAGUUGAAAAAAUUCUUGUGACAAUUCCCGAGAGAUUUGAAUCCAAAAUUUCCUCUCUGGAAGAGUCUAAAGAUCUCUCUACCAUCUUUGUUGCAGAAUUAAUAAGUGCUCUUCAAGCACAAGAGCGAAGAAGGGCCUUCAGACAAGACAAAGUUACUGAGGGUAUUUUUUAUGCGAAACACUAA